UUGCACUCACAAUUGAGAAAUUCCAUGGAAUUCUCCAGAUUAUCAGCCACUCACUCGAACAACAAUUGUCAAUACAAUCUUUCUCUCUCUUUGAUCUUCUUUUCUGGGUUGAUAGAAAGCUAAAUAUCACUUCAAAAAUGGCUGGAACUCAAUGCUGCGAGAAUCCUCCUGAUUUGAAUUCAACCGGUGGCGUAGGCCAUGUCGAAGAAAUUAGUGGUCUCAAAUGUUAUGUAUCCGCCAGUUCUAAUUCCAACAUCGCUGUUAUUCUCAUCUCUGAUGUUUACGGUUAUGAAGCUCCAAAGUUAAGAAAGCUGGCAGAUAAAGUUGCUGCUGCUGGCUACUAUGCUGUUGUCCCUGAUUUUUUCCAUGGAGAUCCCUACAAUCCUGAGGAUAAGAAUAGACCAAUACAAGUUUGGAUAAAAGACCAUGGACCUGACAAAGGAUUUGAAGAGGCGAAACCAAUAAUUGAAUCUCUGAAGCAGAAAGGGAUGUGUAAAAUUGGAGCGGUUGGCUUUUGUUGGGGAGCCAAAGUGGUUGCACUACUAGCACAAAGUGAUGAAUACAUACAAGCGGGAGCUUUCCUACAUCCUUCUUUUGUUACCGAGGAUGAUAUCAAUGGUCUGAAAGUACCAGUUGCGAUUCUUGGGGCCGAGACUGACCACAUAUCUCCUCCUGAAGUUGUGAAGAAGUUUUCUGAGAUCUUGAGUUCUAAGCCAGAGGUCGAUUCAAUGGUGAAGAUAUUCCCUGGAGUUUCCCAUGGAUGGACCGUUAGAUACAAUGAGGAUGAUGCUGUGGCUGUCAAAGCAGCAGAGGAAGCUCACCAGGAUAUGCUUACAUGGUUUCAGAAAUACGUUAAAUAAGCUGUUAGCGAGUGUGAUUAGUAUUUCUGGAUGUGUGCAUGCGAGUUAUGUUGAUGUAUGAAUUAAUAAGUGCAAGUGCAUGGGUUUGGAUCAUUUAUGGAUAAAUUGACGCUUCUGUCUAUUAUGAUUGUGCUUCUAUGAAAUAACUAGUUUUAUUCAUGCUG